AUGGCAACGAGUGAAGACUUCCGACCACCGAGGCAAAGAAGAAGCAGUAAGGAUGAUCCUCCAGACUUCAGGCUUGUUCUUGUUGGAAAGACUGGAGCAGGAAAGAGCUCUAGUGGGAACACCAUACUGGGAAGAGAUGCCUUCUGUAAAGCAGUCCGUCAGUCCUCAGUGACCAGGCAGUGCUGUAAGCAGAGUGGUGAGGUUUUCAGCAAGAACGUGACCAUCGUCGACACGCCCGGCCUCUUCGACACCUCAUUACCUGAGCUCACUGUGAAGAGAGAGAUCUCUAAAUGCAUCAACAUGUCCGCCCCAGGGCCCCACGCCAUCCUACUGGUCAUCAAAGUCGCGCCCUUUACCAACGAGGAGCAAGACGCUGUUAGACAGGUGGAGGAGAUCUUUGGGCCGGAUGCAUGGAAAUACACCAUCAUCCUCUUCACCCACGAUGACCAAACUGAACCAGAUGUGGAGAGGCAGCUGGAGGAGGGAGACGAGCUGCAGUCCAUCCUGGGGAAGGUGGAGAACAGAUAUCAUGUUCUCAACAAUGACAACGCUGAUGAUCGUGGUCAGGUCUUGGAGCUGCUGGAGAAGGUGGAGAAGAUGGUUGAAAACAACGGAGGAGGGCAUUACUCUAACAUCACUUACAUGGAGGUGGUCCAGAUGCUACAGAAGAGGGAAGAAGAGCUCCGAGACUUCUACAACAAGAAAUUAGAAGAGAAAAUAAAAGCUGUUGAGUCAAAGUAUGAGAGGAUGCUGAAAGAGGCUCAGCAGGAAGGUCCAGAAAUGAAAAGGCGAUGCCAGUCUGAGCUGCAGGAGUUGAAUCGGUACUUCCGCACUUUAGAGAGUGGUGCCCGUCAAGUUGUUGAACAAAUGCAGCGAACAGACUCCAUAGAAGAUGCUCACAAGUAUCACAUGACCUUCAAACUAAAAUUUACCUCCUGAACUCUGCUGGACCAUCAAUGGCUCCAUCAUUAGAAAAUCUCUAAUCAUUAACACUGCUUA